AUGCAACUGAACGUGACCCAUCGAACCAACGCCGAACGACUGGAGAAACAUAACCGGGAGCUGGAAACGGCCCUUGCAAAGAAGACAGAAGAACACAAGGAGCAGGCAAAAGCGUUGUUACUGUUGCAGGACGACAUGCUGGCAAACCAGAUCCAACUGAAUGUCCUGGAACAGAAAACCGAGGCUCUGCAACAGGAGAACGAAACUCUUGUUCAGAGACUGGUAGCCAAGGCUGCUGCUGAUGCCGACAAGAUGAACGAUGCCAAUGCGUUUCUCGAGAGGUGA